AACAUCAAUUUAUGUGGGUACUCUGUGCACAUGAUAAACAUGGCGUCACAACUUAGAUGUUGAUGUCCGGUAGAGUGGUGUACUAAUGAGAAUGUUCGGAAAUUUACUGGUAGUGUUUUAAUGACCGGAGAUUAUAUUACUUAAUUGUCAGCUGAAGUGUUUAUCCAUUGUGUUGUGUAUUUAAUAUAAGUAGUUCCAAACUAUUUAGUUGAGUGUAACUCAAAAAUAAACUUCUCGUGAAAUGGUAGUUCUCAGUAAUUUUCCACCUCCAGCGGACGGUAUCAAGCAUGAACAGCCCUCCACAACUGUUCAUAUUAAUGACAGAGAGAUUGGAAUAGGCACACUGUUUAUUACAGAAAGCCGUUUGUCCUGGGUCAACAGUUCUUCAGGACAGGGAUUCUCAUUGGAAUAUCCGCAUAUUGCCCUUCAUGCAGUUUCUCGUGAUCUUCAAGCAUAUCCUUCUGAAUGUCUGUAUGUCUUGGUAGAUUCAGAAAUAGAUCCAGAUAAUCAGCUGCAUAGUAGUUCUGGAGAUGAGGAUUCAGAAGUGGGAGUGCAAGAUAUGACAGAAAUGCGAUUUGUUCCAGACGAUAAGGGAAUGCUGGAUGCCAUGUUUCAUGCCAUGAGUGAAUGUCAGUCAUUGCAUCCAGAUCCUCAAGACAGUUUUUCUGAGGAUGAGGAAAUCUUUGAGGAUGCUGAUGAUGAAGAAGGAGAAUACCAUUUGGGCGAAGGAGAUGCAUCAGUUGUUAGUCACAACAACAGUUAUGAAGUAACUGCAAAUGGCAAUGAUGCCGAAGAUGAACCAAUGGAAAUGGAUACUGGCCAGUUUGAAGAUGCAGAUGAUUAAUACAUACAUACAGCACAGGACACUGUUACACUACUAAAGCAAAGUGUUUGAAAGUAACAUAAAAGACUGUAAACAUAUAAUUUAGGAACAAAAUUAUUUUCAUGCUGCAGCAGCUGAAAUUCUGACAGUAUGCUACUGUAUCUUUAAACUUAAGAAAUAAACAUUUAUACAAAUUGAAUGUU